CUCUGCCUGAUAGGCCGAGGCGAGAUCAACUCUUACUCAUUGCAAUGACAACUGGACCUGGCUAUCGGGCCGCCUGUGUCAGCAUUUAACCCGGCAAUGAGGUCUAGGCUGAGGGCUCUGUGACAGACACGUGGUUGAAGUUGCUGGUUGAAAUUGCUCCGUCUUGCAGUGAGAAUGAGAUAUCUCGCUCUGCAGAAUGAAAGUUGGCACUUCACAUCCUCAGUCUUUGCAUGUGCCUUCAUAGACUCUGUACAUUGCAGUUGCUUCCAGUUGGGCAAAGAGAAGCGAUUCCUGGAACGUGGCGGUCGCUUCAACGCAGAGAUCUGUGGCUUGCUAGUCUCGCCGACGGAGACUACAGCCCUUACCCGGCUUCGUAUAUGCAAGGCCUGUGGUGAAUGUUUUGGGAGAAAAGACAACCGCUGUUCGUCUGUUGACCGCCAUCUUGACUGCCAUACGCAUACGUAUACGCACCCGACAGCCUCGCCUUCGUGGAAGCCAUCAACCUGCUCCAUUUGUUGAUGGCUAGUCUUACUCAGCAACCAAAUAUUGAAUGUUGCUGGCUUCAUGGCGGAUGGUCGGGCCGCUGCCGGUCGCGAUGUCUAGUCAAGGUACGAGGGGAUCGCAAGGUAUACUGGUGAAGCUUCAGCACGUCGACGA